AUGAGACGUGGUCAAAACCAAGAAAUUUCUUCUCGUCCAGGCGCGCAAAGAAGCAAAUCCCCAGGAGGGAGACGUGGGGCUGAACGCAGAGGUCUUACAGAGGAUGAGAUCGAAGAGAUAAAGGAAGCCUUCAAUUUGUUCGAUACUGAUGGGUCAGGGACAAUUGAUCCUAAAGAGCUUCGAGCAGCCAUGCAAUCUCUUGGUUUCGAGACCAAAAACCCAACCAUUUACUCUAUGAUUGCCGAUCUGGACAAGCUUGGCACCGCAAUUGAUUUUGACAUGUUUUUAGAUGCCAUCACAGACAAGUUAGGAGACAAAGAAACCAGAGGAGGUAUUUAUUCCCUAUCUAGCUGAAUUUUCUAUAAAUUUCUUAUAAAACUAUUAUCAACUAUCCAUUUCUAAAAAGUUUAUAAGAUCUUUGACUUGUUUGACGACGACAAGUCAGGCUCGAUUAAUCUUAAUAACUUGAGAAGAGUCGCCAAAGAGCUUGGAGAAACCAUGACAGUAGACGAACUUAAUGAAAUGCUUGAAAGAGCAGCAUCUAAUGGGCAUGAAAUCACAAGGGAAGAUUUCUAUACAAUCAUGACCAAGAGAGCAUUCCCAUAG